AUGUCGGCAGAGACCAGCUCGGCUCUAGCAGUGAUGCUGCUGAUGAUACUGGCGCUGCAGCUGUCCGCAGCGGCGGCGACAGACGCGGCGCCGCCAGACGUGCCUCCGCCUUUGAAUUGGGUGCCUCCGCCGCCACAAAACUGCAGCCGGAUGUGCGGCAACGUGAGCGUGCCGUACCCGUUCGGCGUCGGCCCGGCCGGAUGCUAUUGGCCGGGCUUGAAUCUCACCUGCGACACGAGCGGCCAAGGGGUGGCACGGCUCCUUCUUGGUGACGGCACCCUCCAGGUGGCUGAGAUCUUCAUCGGCAACUCGACGGUCCGCGUCAUACGCACGGGCGACAUAAAAGUCGACGCCGCCGGCAACGGCAUGUUCGGUGGCGGGUUCAGCAACGACGGGCCCUACACGCUAUCACCAGCCAACGAGCUCAUCGUGGUUGGCUGCAACGUGUACGCUAUACUCCAUGAGAAGCAGGAGAACAUGACAAUGAGUGGUUGCGCCUCCUUCUGCCCCAACCAAAUCUUAGUCUCUUUUUUCAUAGAAAUGGGGUCGCACUUUAGACGGCAGAGGUCACCCGACAGCAAGUACUGCGACAACAUGGGCUGCUGCCAGGCGCCGCUCUUCCCCUCAGUGGGCGACAUUCCCCCCCUUCCGGGCCACCUGCAGCUCCAAUGGUUCGGCUCGAGCCGCAUGAUGGACGACGAGGGGCCACCCCGGAGCGUGCUAGUGGCGGAGGAAGGGUGGUUCGAUCAGGAAUACAUCUACAAUGGUGUAAUGGGAUUUGAUGGCAUCACAACGGAUGGAGUUCCGCCACCGGACUAUCCUAAGAAAGAGGCAAUGGCGGUUCCGGUUGUUCUGGAUUGGGCGAUAGUUGUUGGCCAAGAGCGGACAACUCGCCUAGAGUGCACUGGGGAAGAAGCCCGCAACAUCUGCAAGAGCAGCAAAAGCGUCUGCACUACAUCUUUCGGAGGUUAUAUCUGCACCUGCGAAGAUGGCUACGAAGGCAACCCUUAUCUCCCCGACGGAUGCCAAGAUACCAACGAGUGUGAGUCCUCAUCCGAAGAUAUUCAGUGCUACGGGGAAUGUACCAACACGCAGGGAUCCUUUGAAUGUCGUUGCCCGCUGGGAACAAGUGGCAACCAUACUUUACCUAAUGGUUGCGUCGAACUGCCCAAGCCCGCAAAGACAAGAAACACAGGUCUGGCCAUCGGGAUAGGACUUGGUAGUGGGGCAGCCGGCAUUUUGUUUAUUCUGUCUGUAUUUUUCAUUAUCCAAAAGUUCAAUCAUGAGAAAGCAAGAAAGCUGAGAAGGAAGUUCUUUGAGCUAAAUCGUGGACAGCUAUUGCAACAAUUGGUAUCUCAGAGAGCUGAUAUUGCAGAAAGAAUGAUCAUAAGUUUGGAUGAGUUAGAAAAGGCAACAAACAAUUUUGAUAAAUCUCGUGAGCUUGGAGGUGGAGGGCAUGGUACAGUCUACAAAGGGAUUUUAUCAGAUCUUCAUGUCGUAGCUAUCAAGAAACCUAAGAUGGUGGUUCAAAAAGAGAUCGAUGAGUUUAUUAAUGAGGUCGCUAUCUUGUCCCAAGUCAACCAUAGGAAUGUGGUAAAACUCUAUGGUUGUUGCCUUGAAACUGAAGUCCCGAUGUUGGUAUACGAGUUUGUAUCCAACGGGACCCUUUAUGACCAUCUUUAUGGUGCAUCACUAUCAUGGAACAAUAGGUUACGCAUAGCAAAUGAAACAGCCAAAUCUCUUGCUUAUCUUCACUCGGCCGUUUCAAUUCCUAUCAUUCAUAGAGACAUCAAGUCUGUUAACAUACUUUUGGAUGAUACCCUAACAGCAAAGGUGGCAGAUUUUGGAGCUUCAAGGUACAUUCCCAUGGAGAAAUCGGGUGUGACAACAAUGGUGCAAGGUACAGUGGGAUAUUUGGAUCCUAUGUACUUCUACACCUCGCGCCUCACAGAGAAGAGUGAUGUUUAUAGCUUCGGUGUCAUUCUUGUAGAGCUAUUGACUCGGAAGAAGCCAUUUUCAUACAUGUCGCCUGAAGGUGAUAGCCUUGUUGCAUGUUUUGUUGCCUUGUUUGCAGAAGGUAAUUUGAUGCACAUAUUAGAUCCAUGUGUUAUCGAAGAAGGAGGCUCAGAAGUAGAAAAGGUUGCUAUGCUUGCGGUAACAUGUGUGCAACUCAAAGCAGAGGAUCGUCCAACCAUGAGGCAAGUGGAAAUGACACUAGAAGGCCUUCAAACGGCCAAGGAGCAUGUUCCACAUGGGCAAUUUGAGUAUAGUGAAGUUGCAAUAUGUUCUCCAUCAACCAACUAUGAUGAAAGUAACAAGGAAGAUUCAACACAACAAUAUAGCAUAGAAGAAGAUUGUAUUUUAUCUGCAAGGUACCCUCGAUAG